UCUGUAACUACACCCCACAGUGGAUAUCACUUUGAUGGGACACCACGGCGCUUUUUCGAGGGUUGGUAUUGGAAGGUGAUGAUGCCGGAGUCUGGCCAGAGUUUUGCGCUUAUUUACUCUAUCGAAGAUCCGCUCGGCAAUACGCCCCAAACAGGAAUCGGAUUGCAGGUGAUGGGCCCCAACGACGGCUACAUCUGCCAGUUCACUUCCGACGUGUCGUCCUUCUGGGCAGAUCCGCACCAUCCCGCGCUCGGGGCCACAUUCAAGACCUCGAACACGGCACGCGUCGCCCCGAAAGACAUACUGCCGCAGGACCAGUUUCUGCGGGAUGUGGAGCACGGCUUCCAAGCCACCGAUGUGAUGCACGUGGGCCGCAUGGUGGCCCUGGAAACCGGGGCGGCCGGACCGCCCAUGUCAACCGUACCCACCGCCUCAUGGGCACUGACGAUCAAGCCCAAGGCCGGGUGGGGCCCCACACAAGCGGCCACGCAGAAGGCCACCGCGGGCUGGUUGUCCGUACUGCCCAUAUUUGAGCCCCACUGGCAGGUGUUGAUGGCGCAUGGUGAGGCCUCUGGCUGGCUGCAGUGGGGGGGUCAGCGGUACCAAUUCUCCGGAGCACCCGCCUACGCGGAGAAGAACUGGGGCGGGGGCUUCCCGUCCAAGUGGCACUGGAUCCAGUGCAAUUCCUUCGACGGGCAGCCCGGUCUGAGCGUGACGGCAGUGGGGGCCCGCCGUGCCCUCCUGCUGGGGCUCCAGGGCGUGGAGGAGGACGUGGGCCUUAUCGGGGUUCACCUGCCGGGGGGGGAGUUUGUGGAGAUGGUGCCGUGGAACAGUGAGUUGGAGUGGGAUGUGGACCCGUGGGGUCGCUGGUGGCUGAGGGCAGUGAAUGAGCGCUUCGAGGCGCUCGUGGAGGCCACGUGCGCGCCGGGGGCGGGUGCCGUAUUGAGGGCCCCCACCGCGUCCAUGGGUUUGGCUCCCUUCUGCAAGGACACGUUCGCUGGCCGGUGCCGCCUGCGGUUGUGGCGGCGAGUGGGCGGUGCCAAGCAAGGGGGCCCUGCGCUGGUGGACGCUACCAGCACAACAGCGGCGCUGGAGGUGGGCGGGGGCCCAUGGUGGAGCUCGUGGAGGGCGCGGGCGGAAAUGAAGGAGCCGUUCAGGUCCCUGAUACGACUGCCGCUGGACGUAGCGGGACUGGGGAAGCUGGUUCCGGAGCCGCUGCGGCCACCCGGGCUGUAG